CCAUGGACUACAGACAAAAAGGUAAAAUUUAAAAAAUGAAACUGCCUGGGAAGUGUCAUCAUUUUAGGUCAUUUAUGUUACCUUGGCAUUUCCAAUCUCCUUCAGAUGGUGGAGGUGGUUUGCCCUGCAGUUUGAUUGCUCUCAUCCCUGGAUGUCUGUGGGACUUUUCUAGGCCCACUGGUUGUCCCCUGUCACAUCCUGGCCUGCCUUGGCCACCAGCCGCCCUCGUGUCCUCUGCUGUGACCACCUCAGGUGUGGGUCACUGUGGCUGGCUCACUGUGCAAAUCCAAGGGGACUCGAGGCUGUGCAGGUGGAUGGGCACAGGUGUCCCCUGCUGCCCUGAGCUGUCACCCAGUGCCACUGGGCCCUGCCCAGGAACCUGCCUGGCAGCUCGGGUGCGGGGACAGCCGAACUCUGCUGCCAGUGCCCCGGGGCUGCCCCUGCAUCUCCCGAACAGCUCCCAUGUGACUCCAGGUCACAGGGUUUGGCCACACCUGUGCCACUCACAGCUGUCUUCAUCUGUCAGCAGGAAGGAAAGGAAAGGGCAGGAAGGGGAGGAAAGAGGAAGAAACGAGAGCAGGAAGGGCAGGAAAGGAGGGAGAGAGAGAGGGAGAGGUGAGUAGGCUGCAUUCAGCAGUGAGGAGCAGAGUGGCCGAUAAGCACCGCGCCAGAGGCUUCCGAUGUCUUCCUCAACUUCCACCAGCACUUUGCCCAGCGGCCUGGCCGUCCUGACGACCUUCCCAGAUGUGCUCUUCAUCCCUGAAAUCAUCUUUGGGGGUCUUGUGUGGAUCCUGGUGGCAUCCUCGAAGGUCCUAGUCCCCAUGCUGCAGGGCUGGGUGAUGUUUGUCUCUGUGUUCUGCUUCGUCAUGUCCAUCUCCCUCCUGUGCCUCUACUUCUGCGGCGCUCACGGCGGCGGCGGCAGCUGCUGGGUCACCUUGGAUGCCAUCUGCCACAGCACGGCAGCGCUGUUCUACCUCAGUGCCGCGGUGCUGGAAGCCUACACGACCUAUUCGCUUGGCUUCUCCUUCUCCAUACUCCUGGCACAGGAGUACAGGGAGAACAUUGCUGCUGUGGUAUUUGCAUUCGUGGCCACCCUGCUGUAUGUGAUCCACAAGGUGUUCUCGCUCCUGCGGUGGAAAUCAUCCUGAGGGCCUGAACAGCUCCAGCAACAACAGCUGCCCUCUCCAGGCUGGGUUUGGGGUUUGUUUUCUAAUGUAUAGCCUAGAAACAAGUAGCUUUUUAUGUGGGAUCUUGGUGAUGAAGACAAGGAGCUUGCCAGAGAAAGGAAUAUCUUGGCACAAUCUGUUUCCCUUCAAUAUCUUCCAGGCUGGGUACAGUUUGAUGCUGGGGCCAAAAUAAAAAAAAAAAGCCAUCCAGUUUUAAAAAAACAGUAUAGUUGGGUUCAAAGGGCUAAAAUAUCCCUGGACUUGACCUUUAUGUAUCCAGAGUUGUUACUGGUAUCAGGGGAAAACGGAACAACAAACACCAAGGAGUACAAGUGUGAAACUGUGUCAUUUUAAUUGCUGUGUGCCUAUUUGAAUGUGUUUCCCCCCUAAAACCACUGUGCAAAUUAAUAUUUUCAAGCAGUUCCUGAAAAAGCCUUCUCUGACUUGCAAUGAACAAUGGGGACAAUAUGUAACUCAGCUCAGGAGCAAUGUGGAGCUCCUGUAGCUCCUGAAGGGUGCUGCUGAAUUCUGAGGUAUGACUGUAAGGCCAGGAAUUACCACUGCCCUCGAUCCCAGCCCUACAAAGCACAACCUGGAAGGGGCCCAGUGGGCUGUAGGAGACUUCUCUGGGUGGUCAGAAUCAAAUCCUCAGCAGGCAGAGGCAAUCAACUCCUGCAUUUGGUGAAUGCUACUCUCUCACACUGCCAUGGUGUCACUAAUAAAGAUGGGUUUGCUGUGAUUUUGAGAACGGGUGAGUCCUUGCUGCUCUUUUUCCCUUUGCUGCACCCAGCCCCAGGAGCUUUGCACCCUGACAGGCCAGUGCCACCACGGGGCUGAGUGAGUGGCUGGGUGGAGCUCAAUUGCCAGCUGGGGUUAACCUUGACAAUGAAUUAAUUCAAAUGGGGUUUAGACCCAGGAAGGGAUGUUUUCAACAUCUUAGAGGUGCCUAAGAAACAGUGGUGCUAAAUUAUCUCUUCCACCUUAUGGGGCAAAGUAUGCUUCCAUUUUUAAGUCCGAAGUUCCUGGAUAACA